AUGGCGUUCACGGCACUCAGCAGCCCUGCUACGCAAACGAUCGGCGUAUCCCGUGACUGUUUAUCCGGAACCUCUAACCAGUCUACUAGAAGCGUGGAACCGCGCUCAAAAGGCGCGAUUCGCAGGAAUCGCAUAGCAUUGAAGAGCCAUUACUGGGGCUCGCGCCAGGCGCUGACGGCGAACGGCGGUUCCGUUUCCCGUCGCGUUUUUGCGCGAUGUGGAUCGACACAGAGCGGCAAUUCUCAACGCUGGAGGUGUGAGGCGAGCACCAGCGGAAGCACUAAACCGGAUAUUCCGGAGAAAGAUAACCAAGAACAAACCGCAGAUCCCGCUGCUUUCAACGGCUCGGCGUCCUCGAAUUCAACCAAGCCAAAGCUGAUCGCAUACGACUACGGCUUUCAGUCCAAGUUUUUCCGCACGGGGCCCAAGGUCCCUGGUAACGUCUUCAAGCUCGCGUUCGAGAAUUUCGGCCGCGAGUACGCGGCCCUUCGUAGCAACGUUCUUUACGAGGAGCUCAGCGACGUGCGAACCGACAACAUCAAGAGAGAUGGCAGGCAACUUGCCCUCGCGUACGCGGGUCGCUUCCUCGUCUCAACGCUCAAGUUCUUUGACAAGCUCCUCACGCUCUACGAUGGUCUUCCCGAGAUCAAGCCCCCUCCUGCUAUGCCCGAGGAGAGUGAGGCGCUGAGGCAAAAGCUGCAGCAGCUGACGCUGAGCAACGAGGCGGUGGCUAAGCGGGAGGAGGACCGGCCCCAGGUGGAGGCGCCUGGGUGGAUCCUGCUCCCCUACAAACUCCUGUGCUGGAUGCUUGAUGUGAUCUUUUACAAUCGCCCCAUCCAACGGUUCUGGUUCCUCGAGACGGUGGCACGCAUGCCCUACUUCUCCUACAUCUCCAUGCUUCACCUCUACGAGACCCUCGGAUGGUGGAGGAUCGGCAUGGAGGUUCGGAAGGUGCAUUUUGCAGAGGAGUGGAACGAGAUGAACCACCUCAAGAUCAUGGAAUCCCUCGGCGGCGACCGGCUCUGGAUCGACCGCUUCUUUGCGCAGCACGCCGCCAUCCUCUACUAUUGGGUCCUAAACUUCAUGUUCUUAAUCUCCCCGCGCACCGCGUACAACUUCUCGGAGCUGAUCGAGGCGCAUGCGGUGGACACGUACGGCGAGUUUGUGGAUGAGAAUGCGGAGCUGCUGAAGACGUUGCCGCCGUCCCCAGCAGCUAUUGCUUACUACAACAGCGACGACCUGUACAUGUUCGAUGAAUUUCAAACGUCUCGAGUUCCUGAGUCCCGGCGGCCCAAAAUCGAGAGCCUGUACGAUGUCUUCUGUGCCAUCAGGGACGACGAGAUGGAGCAUGUGAAGACAAUGUCUGCCUGUCAGCAGCUAGACUCUGUCGUGCGCUCGCCCAACCGCCCGGGCUACGCACCUCUGCCCUCCCCUGCUGACGUGUACUUUGAAGGCCUGGUGGCGAAAACCUCAUCCUCCACAUCAGCAUCAUCUCCUGCCAAGGCAACAUCAGCCUCUGCAGCUGCAUCUGCGUUCAGUGCAGCUGUUGGUGAAUCUAAGUUGCCCAAGGAUGUCCUUCCUCAGGCACUCAAGUCGCAAGGAGAGUCCCUGAAGUGA